CAGCAGUCUCUGGUCAUUCCCUGCACUGUCUGCAGUCUCUGGUCAUCCCCUGCACUGUCUGCAGUCUCUGGUCAUCCCCUGCACUGUCUACAGUCUCUGGUCAUUCCCUGUACUGUCUGCAGUCUCUGGUCAUCCUCUGCACUGUCUGCAGUCUCUGGUCAUCCCCUGCACUGUCUGCACCACUGUCUGCAGUCUCUGGUCAUCCCCUGCACUGUCUGCAGUCUCUGGUCAUCCCCUGUACUAUGUCCGCAGUCUCUGGUCAUCCCCUGUACUGUGUCCGCAGUCUCUGGUCAUUUCCUGUACUAUGUCCGCAGUCUCUGGUCAUCUCCUGUACUGUGUCCGCAGUCUCUGGUCAUUCCCUGUACUGUGUCCGCAGUCUCUGGUCAUCUCCUGUACUGUGUCCGCAGUCUCUGGUCAUCUCCUGUACUGUGUCCGCAGUCUCUGGUCAUUCCCUGUACUGUGUCCGCAGUCUCUGGUCAUCUCCUGUACUGUGUCCGCAGUCUCUGGUCAUCCCCUGUACUGUGUCUGCAGUCCAUUGGUUCAGAAUAUUUUUUUUUUUCUUGUUUUUCGCCUCUAAAACCUAGGUGCGUCUUAUGGUCA